AUGGCGUCUUCGUCCCGCAAGUACUCCGUGCUGCUGCCCACCUACAACGAGCGCGAGAAUCUGCCCCUGGUCGUGUGGCUGCUGGUGAAGAGCUUCGAGGAGAGUGGGAAUGAGUUCGAAAUUGUAAUUAUAGAUGAUGGAAGCCCAGAUGGGACGCAGGAAGUUGCUGACCAAUUAAUAAAGAUUUAUGGAGCAGACAAAAUUCUGUUGAGACCCAGAGCAAAGAAACUUGGAUUGGGAACUGCUUACAUUCAUGGAAUGAAACAUGCCACAGGAAACUUCAUUAUUAUUAUGGAUGCUGAUCUCUCGCAUCAUCCAAAAUUCAUUCCAGAGUUUAUCAAAAAACAAAAAGAAGGAAAUUUUGAUAUUGUGUCUGGGACUCGAUAUAAAGGAAAUGGAGGUGUGCAUGGAUGGGAUCUAAAACGAAAAUUGAUCAGCCGGGGGGCCAACUUUUUAACUCAAGUUCUACUACGGCCAGGUGCAUCAGACUUAACAGGAAGCUUCAGGUUAUAUAGAAAAGAGGUUCUACAAAAACUGAUGGAGAAAUGUGUUUCAAAAGGGUAUGUUUUCCAAAUGGAAAUGAUUGUCCGCGCCAGGCAAUUGGGUUAUUCUAUUGGAGAGGUUCCUAUAUCAUUUGUGGAUCGAGUUUAUGGAGAAUCCAAGCUAGGAGGCAAUGAAAUAGUUUCCUUUCUGAAAGGAUUGUUGACUUUAUUUGCCACUACAUAAUAAAGAGAUUCAGAUACUGUGCCAGUAUUUCUAUUGUUGACUGAAUAAUUUAUAUUGGACAGUGACAGAAAUCCAUUAUGGCUCUAGAGAACAAAAUUUCAACGUCUCUUCAUUUAUUUGGAUAGAUGUUUUUCAGACAUCAUGCCGAAAAUGCUCAACUUAAAACAACUACUUGUUAAGCAACUACUUGAGGUUAUGACAGGGCUGAGAAAUGUUACUUAGCUCAUCACUUAUGACUGAGAGCAGUAAUCAAAAUUUGGAUACUUGGCAACUGGCAUGUACUGAGGUCACAUGAUCAACUUUUGUGAUCUUUCCAACUGGCUUUUGACAAGCAACAUUAAUGGAGAAGCCAGAUUUGUUUAACAACCACACGAUUCAUUUAAAGACCAUUGAAAAAAGGUUGUAAAAUUGAGCAUAAUUCUCUUAACAACUGCCUCUCUUAAUGACAGGAGCUCCAUCCCCAACUUUGGUCAUAAGUCGAGAGCUACCUGUACUUCAUAUCUGAUAAUGUAAAAGCCAAAGUUUUAACUUUCUUCACCAUUUUAGUUAAAAAAGAAUGUUUGCAUUUUAAAUGAACUACAGGUAAUUAUCUGGAAAUAAUAUAUUUCUGAAAGGAUAUAUUUACAUUUUGCAGGUCGUGAAGUAAUUAACAGGACUAGUAUAAUGAUACCUUUCUGACUGUAGAUUUGCAUAUACAGUACUGCAUUUGUAUAUUUUAGAAAAUGACUGAUAUUAACACAUUCCAACUGCAGACUGUUCGGGGGAGGAAAUAAAAAUUUACAUUCCAAUCUCUAGUUAUAAUUAUUGUGGAAUAUAGUUUUUUGCUUCAGGCAUUAUUUGCAAUUCAAAUGAAUAAUCAAAAUAUAAAUACUAUUACCAAUGUCAGUUUUGGGGAAAGGGUUUUCAGUCUUUUUUUUUUAGUAUUCUACUCAUUCUGUAAAAAUUGACUCAGUGGGGGAAAAACAAGUAAAAGGAAUAUCUAAAUGAUCGAAUUACCACAUCCUUCAUAUGUGAAAAAAUUAAAAUAGUGGGAUUUUUUAUUUUACAAAAUGAAAAGGACAAUCAAAAUCAAAUUAUGCAUAGUGCAAAGUAGGAAAUACCUCUCUAUUUGAUACAAGUUGGGAUCAAUGAAAUCAGAUGACAAAUCAUGAUAAAAUUGCUUGCUAAAACACGUGAUAAAUCUUAUUCAUGUAGUGUGAUCUUUAAAAAUAUUUCAAAUGUAUAUGUACUUACAGAUAAUUAUAAAAUAUGUUAUAUAAUUGGAGCCUUCAGAUGUUGAGGCCGUAUUUUUCUGAAUGCUCAUUAGCGGGGUCUACAACUGAUGCAUAUGUGUAAGGAGUAGCUUUCAUACUAUUUAAAAUGGUCCAGACAGUUAACUAUGAUAAAUUGUCUUGUUCAGAAAGGUUGAACUUUAAAUGGCAAUUUUCUCAUAGAAGCAGAUUAUGUUCUUUAAACCUCUGCUUUUAUUUCAGGUUGAACUGACUCUCUUUCCCACUUAUUUACUUCUGCCCAACUGGCUGAAGUCCAUCAAGAUGUUUUAAGUAUCUUGGUACUUCACCUGCAUUCCAUAUUGUAGAUUACUUUGCUAGUUAUGGAUUAUCUUAAAUUAGUAAUCUCUGGGAAUCCUAUUUAGUAUAAAAAUUAUACACCUUUCAUUCCAAUUUGAGCUAUGCCGCUGGGAUUUUUGAAUCCUUUAGUCAUUUUGUUCAUGAAUUUAUGCCAAUGUCUGCUAUGUGUCAACAGAAGAUUUACAGAGCAGUCUUCAUUGGAAUUUCCACUGCCAAAAGAAAAUAGGCCUAGAAAUACAAUAUAUGUUUGGCAGAAUAAUCUGGGUGUAGGAAUUUUUUCCUCUGUUUCUGUUUGCCAGCUGAUUUCUAGCAGAGUAUUCUUCCUGAAAAUUCAUAAUUGGAUUUUCUGUGAAUUCCAAAGGCUAAAUUUGGGCUUUGAAGAAUUUAACAUAUAGUCUUACAUGCUGGAAUGUUACCAUUCUUGUUUUUCUAUACUGAAAAUAAGUUGUGGUUUAAAACAUUACAAAACAGUGUUGACUAUAUAUAAUGAACUGUUUGUGAAUUGAAACAAUUGAAACCAAAAGCAUUACUUCAGAUAUUUGAAAUAAAAAGAAACCAAUGCAAGUCAGUAUCUCUUGAAAGUAAGAAUGUUUUACAGUUCUGUUUGGCCCUUUGGGACAUUAAAUAACUUUGUUCUGCAAAGAUCGGAAAAAGAAAGAGUAAUUUCCACAAGGUUAUAUGAAUUUACCACUAAAUUUGGAAACUAUACUUUAGGAUAGAUUACACUAGCCACCAUAACUUUAAAAUGAUAUCUUCGUUCUGUUAUACGCAUGGAUACUGUAUUCAGCAAUAUACUGUGUACCUUUGAAAAAUACAAAGUUUUUGUUCUGUAUUGUAGCAACAAUAAUGUAUUUCAUUUCCAGAUAACUCUGGAAAUGAAAUACAUUAUUCUCUUUCCCACUUAUUCCUAGUUGUCUUUAUGUUUUCAAAUUUCCUUGUACUGAUGUCCUUACGUGCCAGUUGUUUUUCCUUUUUGUAAAAUACAGGUAAUUUAUUUGAUGACAUUUAUUCUGAAUAAAGUAAUUAUGAAAGACA